AUGCAUCUGGAUGCAGGUCAAGAAACGGUUCCUGCUGGCGAUUUUGGGCUUUCAACUGAUCCAAAUGGAGUCUCCCCGAGCAAUAGCAAUUUUGCCUUUGAGGCUGAGGGGUUAGAUUUUCAAGAUUGGGCGGCGCUUGGUAUGGACCUUCCCUGGAACAAUUCUGUGCACUCCAUGCUCGACAAUCCGUUCUUGGAACUACCGAACCCCAUGACAUUCUUUUUCCGGAAUCCGAGCGAAGUGGCCAACCAGGCAGAUAUCUAUCCUAUGUCAACUUCCAUGGACAUUGAGCCCAUGGUCCAUCAACUUGAAUGCGAGACCCCAACCCCGAGUUUUACUCAAUCCUUAGCCAAUACAAGUUCACACGGACAAAGCAGCCAGACAUCACCCGAUGCCACUUUGAGUCCCUCUAUCAGAGAUUAUGUUGAGCUUGAGCCAUGGAGGGCAGAAGACUAUGGGCAUGUGCCCUACAUGAGCGAUGAAGCUUACCAAGUCAUGGUUUCCACUUUUGAACAACUCAACAGCAAUAAUGCAUAUUGCAUCCAAUUCACGAACAAGCAUCUACCAUCUCUACAGCAUAUGCAGAUCUAUGUGCAAGUUUACUUUGAAGAAUAUCACCCAGUCUUCCCUCUACUCCAUAAGGCAACAUUCUCACCUACUAAAGAUGACUGGCUACUGAGCCUUGCAGUUUCAUCGAUCGGGUGCCUGUUUUCGAAAACCUUAAAGUCAAGAGAGGCCUACCCCAUUAUGCAGGAAUUUCUCCGUAGGGCCAUUCGCAUCCAGCUUGAACGAACUCAGAAUUCAACGCCCAGUCUCUGUGUUGCUCAGGCAUCUGUCCUUAACCAGAUUGGCAUGAUGUACGGUGGGGACCUAAGAUUUGCAGAAUAUGCCCAUGAGACAAUGGCGCAACUUGCAACUCAAUGCCGCAAGAUAUCUUGGUUCUCAGACAACUUGGCAACGUUAUCAGUCACUGAAAAUGCGGUAUCUCAAGAUUGGCAAGCAUGGACUAGGGCAGAAUUAGAAGUUCGCUUGUUUUAUUGCGCUUGGCUUGUAGAUAGCCAGCAAGUUGGCUUCUUCGCCUUUUCAUCCACGAUCCCACUCGACUUCCUUCAGUUUCCCAUGCCGGUCAAUGAACAUGUCUGGCGCAUGUCUACCAUUGAGACGUGGAAGGACAGUCUCACAGAAGGUAUUGGUCGCAAGUAUACUUGUUGA